GUCAACACAGAAUACUUUUAUAAAAAAAAAAUUUCAGGUGAAAUGCUCUCAGAUCUUAUCUGCUUUCACCCUCUCUCCUCUAAAAAAUAUAGAAAAGAAAAAAAUAGACAUACUAAAUAAUUAUCCUACUGAUUUCACGGCCUUUCCCUUUCCCGGGGCCGUCUCAUUCUCUCCGUGUUCUCUUAUUGAAGACGCCUUCCUUUUUUCCCUCUUGUUCUUUCGCUUUUUAUAUAUCAUCUUAGGACCGUUGUAUUAAACGAAUAAAAAAACUCCAAACCUAUAUAUAUAUUUUUUAAAUUUUCAGCGACAGCUAAAAGCUGGAAUUAAUGCAGAAACAAUGAAUCAAUAACGACUGUUAAAGCUCUCUUCUCUCUUUCAGAUCCGUUCAUUUUUGUUUUCAGGUGUGAAAUUUUGAAGAAUUGAUUGGAAAAGGAAGGAAAUAGUGAUUAUGGCUUUAGGAAAAUAUAGUAGAAUUGAUAAUAAUAAUAAUAAUAAUAAUAGGAAGUCGUCGUCUUCGAGUUAUUGUUCCACUGUCACCAUUGUGGUUUUCGUGGGAUUAUGUUUAGUUGGGAUUUGGAUGAUGACUUCGUCCUCGGUUGUUCCUGUUCAAAACGGGGACGAUCCGGCUCAAGAAAAGAAAAAUCAGCUCAAGGAUCAGGUUACGCCUGUAAUCAAUGAUAGGAUUGACAGUGGUAACACACCGCAAUUUGAAGAUAACCCCGGGGAUUUACCUGAGGAUGCCACCAAAGGGGACUCGAAUAUGGGCAACACCAACUUAAAUACACAAGAAAAUCAAGAGAAUACUGAAGAGUCUAAUAAGUUGGAUGAGUCUAAGAAGGAUGAUGUGCAAUUGGAUUCUGAAGGUGGAGAGAAAGACAAUGACAAUGGUGAUAAGUUGGGUGGACAAGGGGAUUCUGAAGAGAAUUCUGAUGACAAAAAGUCUGAUACUGAAGAAAGCAAUGCGAAACCUGACUCCGAUGAGAAUGACAAGAAAUCUGAUUCUGAUGAUGGUGAAAAGAAACCAGAUGAAAGUUCUUAUGAGACUAAUGAGGAUAAGGUGGAUGGUCAGAUCAAGGAGAAGGUUGAUCAAAAUGAUAACAAGGAGUCGGAUAAAAGCUCUUAUGAGGCAAAAGAUGAUGGUCAGUUGAAAAACCAGAGCUUAAAUGAAGUUUUCCCAUCUGGUGCUCAGUCUGAACUUUUGAACGAAACCAUGACUCAGAAUGGAUCAUUCUCUACUCAGGCGACAGAAUCAAAGAAUGAAAAGGAGGCUCAGUUAUCAUCCAAGGAAUACAGUUGGAAGCUUUGCAAUUCCACCGCUGGGCCUGACUAUAUCCCUUGCCUUGACAAUUGGGAAGCUAUCAGGCAUCUCCCUUCUACCAAACAUUAUGAACAUCGAGAGAGGCACUGUCCAGAAAAACCACCAACCUGCCUUGUUCCUCUUCCUGAAGGAUACAAACGCCCAAUUGAGUGGCCAAAAAGCAGGGAUAAGAUUUGGUACUACAAUGUUCCCCAUACCAAGCUGGCAGAAUUUAAGGGGCAUCAGAAUUGGGUGAAAGUUACUGGGGAAUACCUCACAUUUCCUGGUGGUGGAACCCAGUUUAAGCAUGGUGCUCUUCAUUAUAUUGACUUCAUAGAAGAGUCUGUGAAUGAUGUAGCAUGGGGAAAACGCUCUCGUGUAAUAUUGGACGUUGGAUGUGGGGUUGCCAGCUUUGGAGGUUUUCUUUUUGACAGAAAUGUGCUUGCUAUGUCCUUUGCACCUAAAGACGAACAUGAAGCUCAAGUACAAUUUGCACUUGAAAGGGGAAUUCCCGCUGUGUCUGCUGUGAUGGGUACUAAGAGACUUCCCUACCCUGGCAGAGUAUUUGAUGUUGUUCAUUGUGCACGAUGUAGAGUGCCAUGGCAUAUAGAAGGUGGUAAACUCCUCUUCGAGUUAAACCGUGUGCUGCGACCUGGUGGUUUCUUUGUGUGGUCUGCUACUCCUGUUUAUCAGAAAAUUCCUGAAGAUGUUGAAAUCUGGAGAGCUAUGGUUGAACUAACAAAAUCUAUGUGCUGGGAGCUUGUAAACAAAACUAGUAAGGAUGCAGUAAACGGGGUGGCUGUAGCAACAUUUAAGAAGCCUACUUCUAACGACUGCUAUGAGCAAAGGUCACAACAAGAGCCUCCACUGUGUCCAGAGUCUGAUGAUCCAAAUGCUGCCUGGAAUGUACCACUGCAAUCGUGCAUGCACAAAGUGCCUGUAGAUGCAGCAGAACGUGGGUCUCAGUGGCCUGAGCAAUGGCCAGCAAGGUUGGAAAAAUCACCUUAUUGGUUGUUGAGUUCCCAAGUUGGAGUUUAUGGCAAAGCAGCGCCAGAGGAUUUUGCUGCAGACAAUGAGCACUGGAAACGGGUGGUAACCAAGUCAUACAUAAAUGGGAUGGGAAUAAACUGGUCAUCUGUCAGAAAUGUCAUGGACAUGAGAGCUGUUUAUGGAGGAUUUGCUGCGGCACUCAAAGAUCUGAAUUUAUGGGUCAUGAAUGUGGUCCCAAUUGACUCUCCAGAUACACUUCCCAUAAUAUAUGAAAGAGGUCUAUUUGGUAUGUAUCAUGAUUGGUGUGAAUCAUUUAGCACCUAUCCAAGGUCUUAUGAUCUUCUCCAUGCUGACCAUCUAUUCUCCAAGGUUAAAAAGAGGUGCAAUUUUGUGGUUGUGGUUACAGAGGUUGAUCGAAUACUAAGGCCAGAAGGGAAGCUUAUUGUUCGGGACAAUGUUGAGACCAUCAGCGAUCUUGAGAAUAUUUUAAGGUCCAUGCAGUGGGAAGUCCACAUGACUUACUCGAAGGACAAGGAGGGCUUGCUGCUUGUCCAGAAAUCCAUGUGGCGACCUAAAGACGUAGAGACAAUCACAUAUGCCAUUGCUUAGGCAUGGUAGCUAUCCUUUCAACUCUCUCCCAUUUUAUUCCAUGAUGUUUGGGACUUUUAUGUGACUAGUUAUUCUUUUUUGUUUUGGUUGCUAAUUGCAAUUCAUGGUGAUUAGUUCUCUAAGUUAGCCUUUGUAGGCUUGUAUCGUGUUAAGUAGUCCUUUAGUAUUGGAUACAUUACUUUUUCUUUUAUUUUUGAUUUUUAUUCCUUUAUCCUGUAAGCUUGGUGUCCAAGUUUUCAUGUAAUGUCAUUCUGUUAGUUCUUAAUGGAAAAUUAAUUCAUGCAUUCA